AUGAGUAACUUAUGCAUAACCUCCAUCUUAUUUGGGAGAAUUUCACAUCACUCUGCCGGCCACUUCAUGGCCAGAGUCUUCCCUGAUUGGAAGAUUGGGCUACCUGCCCCAUGGAGUCUCAAGAAGCGUGUAUUGGCCACACUGACUGCAAAUUCUGUGGCUAUUUACAGCCCGGAAGAUGGCUCUCAUCGUUCUUGUAGAGCUUUUAUACGGCACGCGAGUCAAAUUCAGCGACGACAUCGUUCAAACCCUUCCUCUGCUGGGUGGCGCCUUAAGAUCCAGUGGCCAACUCCACUGGCUCAGGCAUUGGUGACAGGCUUUCUCAAUCACUCGUCGAAUUAG